AUGAAGAUAACAGUCACCUUGCUUCUCGGUGCCUUGGCCCUGUUGAGUUUAUCUGGUAACCACGCGAGAGCUGAGGUCCUGGGAACAAAGGCUGUAUGUAACACCAAUGUGAACGGAUGUACCAAGAUCUAUAACCCCGUCUGUGGAACUGAUGGACGGACUUAUUCUAACGAGUGCCAGUUAUGUAUGGAAAAUAAGAUGCGUGAGAUUCCUGUCCUAAUUAAGAAACAAGGGCCUUGCUGA